AUGAGAGUAUUCCUUUGCCUUUUUGCUUGUCUCGUCGAGUCAGUCAGAUUCCAUGAAAACAGCGUUUCGAAACUUUAUGAGCUAAAUACGUUCUACAUUUACUGUUUCAUGCGAUUUGGAGUAAAUCAUAGUCGGGAAUUAAUCGAGAUGGAGGAAAUCGAAGAUCUGUGCGGUGGUCUUCUUGCAGAUCGAAUUCGACAUCAGUCAAAAGGGCGAUUGAAAGGAGCUCUAAAAUCAUUCCAGCAAUCUUACCACCAUGGCGCAACCUCUAACUUUGGUUUUAUUGGCAAUUUUCUGAAAUAA